AUGGUGGUCCUUCAUAUUCGGUUUUCUCAUUGUUUCUCUUUCUAUUUGUCACUCUUCUUCCUCCACUCGAAGAAAAAUAGCAUCUCUUCUCACCUUCUCUUUCAAUUUUACUCCCCUUCUUUUUCAGUUUUACUCCCCUUCCGUUUCAAUUUUACUACCCUUCCCUUUCAAUUUUACUCCCCAUCUUUUUCAAUUUUACUCCCCUUCUUUUUCAGUUUUACUCCCCUUCUUUUUCAAUUUUACUCCCCUUCUCUUUCAAUUUUACUACCCUUUCCUUUCAAUUUUACUAACCUUCAUUUUCAGUUUUACUCCCCUUCCCUUGCAAUUUUACUCCCCUUCUUUUUCAAUUUUAAUCCCCUUAUUUUUCAGUUUUACUCCCCCUUCACUUUCAAUGUUACUCCCCUACUUUUUCAGUUUUACUCCCCUUCUCUUUCAAUUUUAAUCUCAAUCUAUUUCAAUUUUACUCCCCUUCUUUUUCAGUUUUACUACACUUUCAAUUUUACUCCCAUUCUUUUUCAGUUUUACUCCCCUUCUUUUUCAGUUUUACUCCCCUUCACUUUCAAUUUUACUCCCCUUUCUCUUUCAGUUUUACUCCCAUUCACUCUCAAUUUUACUCCCCUUCUUUUUCCGUUUUACUCCCCUUCCCUUUCAAUUUUACUCUCGCUCUCUUUCAAUUUUACCCCAAUUUUCAGUUUUACACCCCUUUCUUUUAAUUUUCUCUCGUUCCCUUUCAAUUUUACUCCCCCUCUUUUUCAAUUUUACUCCCCUUCCCUUUCAAUUUUACUCCCCUUCUUUUUCAGUUUUACUCCCCUUCCCUUUCAAUUUUACUCCCCUUCUUUUUCAGUUUUACUCCACUUCAUUUUCAAUUUUACUCCCCUUCUUUUUCAUUUUAUUCCAUUUCCCUUUCAAUUUGAGUCCCCUUCUUUUUCGGUUUUACUUCCCUUCCCUUGCAAUUUUAAUCUCAAUCUAUUUCAAUUUUACUCCCCUUCUUUUUCAGUUUUACUCCCCUUCACUUUCAAUUUUACUCCCCUUUCUCUUUCACUCUCUUUCAAUUUUACCAUUCAUUUUCAUUUUUACUCCCCUUCCCUUUCAAUUUUACUCCCUUUCUUUUUCAGUUUUACUCCCCUUCAUUUUCAAUUUUACUCCCCCUAUUUUUCAGUUUUAAUCCCCUUCUUUUUAAAUUUUAAUCUAACUGCAUUUCAAUUUUACUCUCCUUCAUUUUCAAUUUUACUACGCCUCUUUUUUAGUUUUACUUCCCUUUUAAUUUUCUCUCGCUGUCUUUCAAUUUUACUUCCCCUCUUUUUCAAUCUUACUACCCUUCCCUUUCAAUUUUACACUCGAUCUCUUUCAAUUUUACCCCCCUUUCAGUUUUACUCGCCUUCCAUUUUAAUUUUCUCUUGGUCUCUUUCAAUUUUACUCCCCCUCUUUUUCCAUUUUACUCUCUUAUUUCCAUUUUCAUCCUUUUCUCUUUCAAUUUCACACUCCUUCUCUUUCACUCUCUUACCUUUGUCUUCCUCAUUUUCUAUUAUUUCUCUUCAGUUUUAUUUCUACGGAGGACAAAUAGAAAAGAAGUAUCUAUCUAUCUAUCUAUCUAUCUAUCUAUCUAUCUAUCUAUCUAUCUAUCUAUCUAUUACAGUUCAAAUCCAUUUAAAAAAAUCCAUAUCUAUCUAUUCAGGUCUUCUCAUAUCACUUUCUCUCCGUAUAACGUGA